AUGGCAGUCAGGACAUUUGGCAGCUACGACGGCGGAGAUGUUCUGGCCGUUGACAUACAAUCCCCUGACGGCACGACCACUGCGACCAUCAUCACAUUCGGUGCCGCCAUUCAUGACCUUUCCGUACCCACUUCAACAAGUCCUCGAAGCGUCAUCCUCGGAUUUGACGAGCUUAGCGGCUACGUUGCCAACAAACAGUGGCAUCAUGGAGCGGUAGCUGGUCGUGUCGCCAAUAGAAUUGCGAAUGGUAAAUUCGAGCUCGGCUCUGUGGGGUAUACCAUCGAGACCAAUGAGCCAACAGGACACACUUGUCACGGUGGAAAUAGCGGACUAGGACAUAGAAAUUGGACUUUGGAGGAUCACGAUCAAAAUUCUGUCACUUUAGGAUACAAAUCACCAGAUGGAGAUCAAGGAUUUCCAGGAAAUCUCCAAGUUUCUAUCACUUACUCUAUUCCUUCAACCGGACAAUUUAGAUUAGAAUACAAAGCGCAAACCGACAAAAAGACUCCCGUCAGUCUCACCAAUCACUCCUUCUUCAAUGUAGAUGGAGCUCGAGGAUCUUCUGUUCAUGACAACCUUCAGCAAAAACUCACCAUCGAUGCCGAUCAUUACACUGCUGUUGAUCAGGACCUAAUCCCUACAGGUGAACUUGCAGAAGUUGCAGGAACGCCGUUCGACUUCCGUAAGUCUCGCCCAAUCGAGUUCCCUGAUUCGAAGACCGGCCAUCCUUUCCAUUACGACCUAAACUACGUUCUCAGAGGACCUUCGACCUCCGGCCAAUUAAAACGAGGAGCGGAGAUUAUCUCCUCCAGUGGCGAUUUAUCGAUGGAAUGUUGGACUGACCAGCCCGGAAUUCAAUUCUUCGACGGAGCUCCUAUGGAUCUCAAGAACCCUGGGCUAGGAGGUGCGGUGAAUGGCUACCGAGCUGGAUUGUGUCUGGAGACCCAACUGUGGCCAGAUUGGAUACAUCAUCCAAAGUUCCAACAGAGCAUACUCUCCCCUGGCGAUACAUAUGCUCAUAUAACGGAAUACCGAUUCAAGUCGGCGUAG